GUGUGUGUGUGUGUGUGUGUCUGAGUGUGACAGUAGUGACAUUGUCAUCUCAGCAGGACACGCACACCUGUAGUGAGAGAGGACCGGACUGAUUCACACUCACUCUAAACUCCGGAUUUAGCAGAAAAGAGUCUGAUUCCCAUCCGACUGACGUAAAGCUCUAAAACUCAGCUUGGAGUUAUGGAUCAGGAGGAACAGACGGAGAACAAGAGCGGAGAGAAAAAAGAGGAGAGAGAGGAAGCGACAGAGGAGAGUUUCCUCAAAGAGCUUUACUUCUUCAUGAAACAAAGAGACACUCCCAUAGAGAGAAUCCCUCACCUGGGCUUCAAACAGAUUGAUCUGUAUUUGAUGUACAAGACAGUGAAGGAUCUGGGUGGAUAUCAUCAGGUUACAGCUCAGCAGCUGUGGAAGAAAGUCUACAACAUCCUGGGAGGGAACCCUCGCAGCACCAGCGCAGCCACCUGCACCCGCAGACACUACGAGAAGCUGCUGCUGCCGUACGAGUAUCACCUGGCUGGAUACGGAGAUGAACUCCCCAUCACUCCUCCUCGAAAACACAAGCUUUCACACAGCUUUGAAGAACAGUACCUGUUAGGCCCUAAACGCCCGGUCAUCAGGCAUGUCCUCUACAACCAGCCUAUUCAACACGAAUUUCUCACAGAAGGACGUUUACGGACCAUUCCCAUGCCUGUCAGCGCUCAGCAGUACCUCCACCCCACGCCCUCAGCUUUGCCCAAUCUCUUCUCUGUGCCUCGGCCUAUUCCUUCCAUUCCACACCUCAGCCCACCGUUCCACACCCGGAUCCCGGUGUCCUACCCUCCUGCCUCGUCCUUUGAGACAGAAAGCUUUAAAGAUCCACUGAAGUUCCUACGGGACCUGGCUGAUGAGUACAAAUCACAACCCCUCAAUCUCAGCAACAAGAAGGGCAGUCUGGAGACUUCACGCGACACUCCGUCAUCUUUCUCUCCGCUGUCUAAUAAAAAACGACCCCAGUUCCUAAACGCUCCUCUGCCGAUUUACACCAAAGGUGAUCAACCGGCGGCAGCAGCCGCUGCUGCACCACCAAGGAUGGAGCCACCAGCCCAAGCAGUUGUGAACCCAAUGAGCAUGGAUGAGUCACAUGCUAUGAACCUCACUUCCUCUUCUGAAAGCAGUCCAACCUUAAAAAAGCCUCCAACUCCAACGGCCACUCCAACUGCACCCAUUCCCCACAGACCAAGUUACCCAAGUGCAUCCAGUGCAUUCCCCAACAAGCAUCCAGAGCAAAACCCCCAUUCGACAAAAGCAGGGCCUUCUGAGAAGCCCCAGCCCAGCUCCAGCCAAGCCCCCAGUCGCCCAACCUUAGACUCAUACGGUGGAAUGGAGAUCCAGAUUCCGCUGUAUUUGCUGCAAAACUGGAUCAAGGAAGGUCUUAUUUCCAGCUUAGCGUCUACCCACCACCAUCCAUCCGGAGGUCCUUCAAACGAACCCAACAAAACUCCAACACCUGAGCGUCUCAGCCGAGCAAGAAUGGCCUCAGAGUCUUCAGAAGGUCCUACCUCUGGCGUAACAUCCAUUCGCCAACAUCCAUCGGGAGGUUUUCCUAACGAACCCAACAAAAUUCCAACACCUGAGCCUCCCAGCCGAGGAAGAAUGGCCUCAGACUCUUCAGAAGGUCCAAGCUCUGGCUUAGCAUCAUCUACCUGCCAGCAAUCUUCUAGAGCUGUUCUCCAAGAAUCCACUCCUUCACCAAAAACUCCUUCACCACCCAGUUCCUUCAGCUGGGGAAAGAUACACUCAUCUUCAGCUCAGUCUUCAGCUAGUCCUGCAAGCGAUCUCCCAGCAGAUCUGAGCAUGAAGAGCCACCUGAAAGAACCAGUUCAUCCAAAGCACGACAGCGGAUCAACUUCUACCCCAGUGACCAUCAACGAAAGCCAGCCACCCACUAUUCCAGCUACCGACCGGUUUGCGAGCGUGAAGCCCUUCAUCACAUCGACCUCGGCGAGGAUGCCGUUCAGCAGGGACCCCUACCAUCGCCUUUCCCACAACAAAUUUCCUCCAGCUGAGGAGCAGGAAGCCUGUUUUAAACAUGUCUCAAACUCAAAACAAGCUGCCAACACAUGGAGCAAAGACAGCACCAGCCCAAAAUCACCACCAGGCUACAGUGCAGACCUGACCCCCAGCCUAGCUGCCAGGCUCGGGAAGGCCCUGGAGAAAGUUAAGAUGACCAAGAGGAAUUCCUCCUUCUCCUCCUCCUCCUCUUCAUCUUCCUCUUCCUCUUCCUCACCCCUCAUCCAGCUCACUCCAGAGCAGCUAAAGCUUCUGCUCUCAAGCUCAGCUUUAAGGCCAGAGAGGGGGAAGAUCUGUUAGGCUGCUAAGUUCAGACUGUCAACCCAAAUCUGACAGAUUUUUGACAUAAAGUCAGAUUUUUGCAAAUCAAAUUCAAACCACAUUUUUAAGGUGGUUUGAAACAUGAUUAAAAACAUAUUUUUUACCGAUAUCUCUCAGUCUGUAUGCUGAAAUGGGAUUUUAAUAAAUAUUGUAAAUAUUUUACUCACAACGUGACAAGCAAUGACCUCAUCGAAUCCAGAAUUCAGCGUGAAGGAAAUACGUGAGUCCGAAGAACAAAAGCGCCGAAGAUUAGUUACUGACGCUGAUCUCGCUACCAUAGCAACCCAUGCAGAUACAUUUGUGAUGUCCAGACAUGCAAAUCCCAUCUGAUCAUGUGCAAAUAACACUGUUUGGAUUUUUGUAUAGAUAUUUUCUGACGAAUGUUUCGUUUUCAGUGAUGUCCAAAGUCCAAAGUCUUUUUGUUCCAUUACAACAGACAUCCUAUAUUUUCUUUAUUUUAAUUUUUUUUUUUGCCCAUAACACUAUUUUGAGAGCUGAGAUGUCAAUCAGAAUAGAUCAUGAAACAGCCAAUAAACCAGUUUAUAAACUAGUGAAACAAACUGUAACUUGGCCCCGCCCACUGCACUGUAGAAAAAACAGUAGUACUACUAGGAACCAUUGAGGCAACAGCUAAUUUUUACUAAUUAAAUGUGAUUUAGAACACUUUUUAAUACAGUUUUUUUAUGUUUAGGAAUGGUUUAUGAACGAAAAAUGUCAAAAUGAAAUAUAUAAUAUUUCAUACAGGUUUCCAAUGCAAAAAAAAUAAAAAAACAUUGUAGUUAAUUGGAUUAAUUUGCUAUUUUACUAUAGAUUUUAAAGUAAAAUAUUAGGCUCUUAUUUUUGUGCAUUGCAGCCAGAAAAACAGCACUUUUUUUUUUUUAUAUCACUAGAGGUAAUUGUGGUCUGAAAGGGUUAAAUCACCAUUGUUAAAAACACAGACUCUUUUGACUCUUCUAAUUUCUAAUUAAUGGCUUGUAUGAAUAUUUUUUUAGAUUAAUUUAUGUAAAAAGUUUUCUAUAACUUAUUGCUCAUUAAACAACAAAAGCUAAUUAUCUAAUAGUUAUAAAUAUGCUUGAUGAGUAGUGUGUGUUUCUUUGAAGAUUCAGAAGAUUUAAAAUAAUAAAAAGAAAAAACCUUGUAAAAAUAUAAUAUAACAUUUAUUACAAUGUAAAUAAUGUUACAAAGUUAAAAAUAACUCAAAAGGCAAAAAUUAAAAUAUUAGUAACUAUUAUUAACUAUCUAACACAUUUUAUUGUUGUAUAGAUGUGAAAGUGUUUUUUUUUUUUUUAUGUUAAAGUUAUUUGGUGUAUAAUUGUUGAAUAUGUAGCAUUAUUCUGCUCCCUAUUACAGGGCUGUUUUUACUCAGGAUUUAACGGCACAUAGCAGCUACACAGUCUUUUAAAUACUUUAUAUAAACAUUAAUUUGCCAUUAAAUUAAUGAAGAAAGAUACAAGACAUUUUAAAAUAUAUUUUGAUUAGAUGAAUGCUUAUAUGUUUUUUUAGUUAUUCUUUUUUAUUACCAUGAAACAUGCUUGUUGUGAUUUGUUAAUGUAAUAACUGUAUAUUGUUUAUAAAAUUUUGAAUACGGUCGUUUUGUGUAUCUUUCUUAUGUAGCAUCACUGAUAUUAUGAAAUAUUAUUGUAAAUGUUUCUUUUAUAUUUAAAAUUAAAUGCCUCUGUUGAAAUAA